GUUCCGCCGGAGGCCCGCAUGCUGCCGUUACAGGCCGCGGCCGGCCGAGGUGGGGAAGCGGCCGGCAGCGGCGUCGGGAGGCCCCGGCAGACUUCUCAUUGGACUUCACACAGUCCUUAGUACAACUGCAUGUGGAGCAGUUUAUUCCUCUGAGCCUAGGGCUGACUUCUCAGGAAGAGGUGUGGGAACCCUCUGCUUCAGUGCUUAUAGAGGGAGCAACUCCAGGAUCCUUUUUCAGAACUAUGCCAAGGAAACGAAAGCUGUUGGCUCAGUUAAGUGCUCUCCAAAGUGACUCCAGCUUCCCUUCCUUUGAUGCCUUGGGGAGCUUGAACGCUAAACUUGAUGGUGAUUCUUCUCCAAAAAGCAGCAAAUAUUUUGCCGCAGAGAAAAAAAAUUCUUCCCAUCUAGAAGCAGAUUUUUUCAACCAGCCCUGUAUUAGCCUGGCCAAGUCCUUUCUGGGACAGAUUUUAGUUCGCAAACUUCCUGAUGGCAGAGAACUCUGGGGGAGGAUUGUUGAAACAGAAGCUUAUCUGGGUGGGGAAGAUGAAGCUUCCCACUCGAAAGGUGGGAAGCAGACUCAACGAAAUGCAGCUAUGUUCAUGAAACCAGGAACUCUGUACGUGUAUCAGAUCUAUGGGAUUCAUUUCUGUGUGAAUGUUUCCAGUCAAGGGGAAGGGGCUGCAGUAUUGCUUCGCUCUUUGGAACCUCUGCAGGGAUUAGAUGCGAUGAGAGAGAUGCGCAGUGCUUCAAGGAAAGGACCCACAAAGCUGCUGAAGGACUGGCAGCUGUGUAAUGGACCCUCCAAGCUCUGCCAGGCAUUUGGGAUUGAUAAGACUUUUGACCAAAGAGACCUGGCACAAGAUGCUGCCAUCUGGAUGAUACCUGGACCUGAUCUACCAGGGGAGCAGGACGUGGUAGCCACAACAAGGAUUGGUAUUGGUAACAGGGGAGAGUGGACACAGAAACCCCUCAGGUUUUAUUUACAAGGAAACAGAUUCGUGAGUGUUGUAGACAAGAAAACGGAGAGAGAGAUGGCAGCAAUGGGACAGCUUUCUUGUCUUGCAAGUGUGGCACCAAGCAGGACUUGAGCUGUGCUCUGUAUUAUAGCUGUGUGGUGGCAGCAGCUGCGGCAGACAGAGGGACCUGGAGGUUUUAAAACAAUAAAUGUACUUCAUUACAAUGAA